AUGCAUCUCACCUUUGAGUCAAGAAGCAUUAAAACCACUGGCGUAUCCGUACUACUUAAGCGGCGGGGGGUGAGCAAGAUGAGCGGGGCGCGGGGGAGGCACGCCGGAACACGGAAAGGCUUUCGAGGCGGCGCUUCUGAGGCUCGCGCCGGCCUCACCGCACUUACACACUACGACAUAUAUCGGGUUGCGAUUAAAAUGAGUUGUCCGAAGAAAUAUUAUUGUGUAGAGAAUAUAUCCAUAUUUAUUAAGGACCGCGCUUAA